AUGGCUGGAACUACCAACGAUUUCCAGAAUGGCGCGCCCUUCUACCUGGAUGCGACGCAGCAGGAUCUCCUCCUCGCGGCCCUGGCCUCGAACAACCAGAACCCCAACGACAUCUUUUCCGCCGGCCUAGACAGCGGCUCCAACAACAAGCAGUCUAUGAACAAUUCCCAAUUCCAGUAUCCUCUUGACAGCCUCGAUCCCGCAUACUUCACGUCGCCUCAACAACAGACUCCCGCGAACGGCUUCAACGGCGGAAGUAUGGAAGAGAGUCCCUUUGUCGACUAUCUGGACGGCGACAAUGGCUUCGAUUUUGACAACGCAGACGGCGACAUGAUCGGCUCACUGCCUGGAGAUACCCCCGGCGAUUCGAGCGAAAAGCGGAAGAGUCCGGAUGACGGUGAUGAUGACGAUGAUGAGGGCGGCGGCAAGCGCAGGGAAGGUGAAGAUAAGCAAGCCAAGAAGCCAGGUCGCAAACCAUUGACUUCGGAGCCCACGACUGCACAGAAGCGGAAAGCCCAGAAUCGCGCGGCCCAACGAGCUUUCCGAGAACGCAAAGAAAAGCACCUGAAAGACCUCGAAACCAAAGUACAAGAACUCGAGAAGGCUUCCGAUGCCACAAACCACGAGAACGGUCUCCUCCGGGCACAAGUGCAACGGCUGCAAACGGAACUUCGCGAAUACCGAAAACGACUCUCGCUCAACAGCACCGGAGUGUCUCGUACUCCUGCUCUUGCUGGAGGUUUCAGCUCUAUGCUGAACAACAAUAGCAACAACAACAAUUUCUCCUUCGAGUUCCCGCGUUUUGGCGGACUGCCUGGCGCUCAGCUACUAGACAACGGUCCGUUAGCAAAGAACAAGAACACGUCGGUUUCGUCGAAUGCAUCUGGUCGCCAAAACAGCACCGGACGCGCCCUUAGCCCUACCAGCAGGGCCAACGGCUCGCUCACAGAUUCCCCUGGCGCCAUGGGCCCAGGUAGUGCGCAGCGCUCCGGCAGUCUCAACGGCUUUUUCGGAUUCGACAACAACAAAACGAACAACGAACCCUCCCGCAGUAACACGGAGAACUCCACUCGUUCGCAAUCGCGUGUUUUCCAGUUCAACAGUGGCUCAUCAAGCCAUUCAGACUCACCGUCCAACUCAUCCACAUCGCCUACCAACCAAGACUCCUCCUGCGGGACAUCACCAGAGCCAAGUCAUACCUCGCCCAAUCAGCAGUUGGACACGAUCAAGGACGGUUAUGUGUGUCAUGGAAACUCCGAAGGUGAGGUUCUCUUCUGCGAAAAGCUCAACAUGGCCUGCGGCAACCCUCGUAAUCCCAUGCCUCGUGCGAUGUCCCAAUCUGACGACAAACCUUCUCCUGCAGUCUUAGCCGCCAAAUCCCCCACACCUGCCGUCAACGGCAUCGAUUACUUCGCGAACCAAAACGGCGGCCAAUUCGACCCGACCCUCUUUGGAGAGUACCGCGAUACCCAAAAUGCGAUCGUGGGCGACGGUGACUUCACUGGUGGCUUCUUCAAUGAUGCUUUCCUCAACACUGGCUACGGUAGCCCCUUCCACUUCGGCGACACACCUGCAGUGCAGAAGACGAACCCUCUUGAAGAAAUUGAGCGCAUACAAGAUGGGGAGGACGAGGUAGUCCCCGGCGAGGAUGUCAACUCGCUGCUCAACUGCCACAAAAUAUGGGACAAGCUCUCAAGUCGCCCAGACUUCAAGGAUGGCACGAUCGACAUCGACAAUCUCUGCUCGGAGCUCCGCGCCAAAGCCCGUUGUUCUGAGAGCGGCGUGGUCGUUGAUCACAAGGACGUCGAGGCAGCCCUCAAGCGUCUGCCCAAGGACAAACUUCUCGGAUAA